AUGAAGACCACAGGCACCCUUGCGGCCAUCCUCGGCCUCGUCUCAACCGCCACUGCGCACUACACUUUUGAUAAGCUCCUGGUCAAUGAUAAGCAGGUCGGCGGAGAUAAUACAUACAUCCGGAAGCACACGAAUGGCUAUAUGCCCAUCAAGUUCAAAAAUGCGCCUUCGGGUUCCAUUUCGCCGCUCGAUGCCGACUUCUCGUGCAACAAGGGCGCCACGGGGGCUGCUCAGGUGAUCACGGUCAAAGCCGGGGACAAGAUAGGGCUUCGCCAGGCUUUUGGCGCCAACGCGAUUCAGCACCCGGGCCCGUCGCAGAUCUACAUCUCGCCCGUCACCAACGCAAAGACGGACAAGGGCAACGACUGGUACAAGAUCCACCAGUCCCUAGUGUGCCGCCAGGGCUCCGCCGAGAGCUUCCGGACCAACGCCUGGUGCAGCUGGGGCGAGAAUAACGUCUGGGCCGUCAUCCCGUCCACCAUCCCCAACGGCCAGUACCUCCUCCGCGGCGAGCACAUCGGCCUACACGGGGCGCACGACGGCCAGGCCGAGUUCUAUGUCGCCUGCGCCCAGAUUCAUGUCACGGGCAACACGGCCACCAGCAUGCCCGGCAAGUCGGUCAAGUUCCCCGGCGCUUACCAGCCGACCGACGGGCCCCUCAACUUUAGCCUCUGGGGCCGUUCCACCUCGUACCCCGUGGCUCCGGGUCCAGACGUGAUUCCCGGCGGCACCAUUCGCGGGUCGGCCAACGGUGCUGGCGGCGACAAGCUCCAGACAGUUCCGGGUGGCUCAAGCCCAGCU